GAAGUGUUCAUUGUGUUACAGAUUGUGUUGGUGUGGAUGACGGCACGGUGGGCGAUGACGAGGUGUUUCUAUGUCCCACACACCAGUUCCUACCACAACAACAACAGCCACAACCAGAGAACCUACGUGAUAGUCCCAACAACCUCCGCAAGAUGGCUCCACCACAACAGGAACCACAACACUCCCAGCUAGAGCAGCCCAGCACACGAUGGCAGCACUACGACCCCAGGACUGAUGGAGGAUCACUCGCUACUGCUCCCAACGAAGCUGACAGGACUGCAGUAGGUAUCUCUCCUGACGACGAUGCAAGAGCUAGAGAGAGUGGCGUUACCAAGGUUACUUCUGGGGAACAUACCUCCACAUCUGGUGUACAUGAUGCCCCUACUGUAGACGUUCUCGCUCCUGACGAUGGUGUUGGAGGGCGUGACAUCAUCUCUCAGGUCACAGCUACUGAAGGGGGCACUGCUGAGGAAACAGACAGUGCUCGCCCCGAAGAUAUUGGCGCCCUGGGUGUAGAAGCGGAGACAGAAGUUGGCGCAGAAGGAGACGGCGAGGUUCUUGAGGCUGCUGCUGCUGAUGAUGAUGAUGAUGAUGUUGAUAAUUAUGAUGAUGAUGAUGAUGAUGAUGAUGAUGGACCAGCCAACCAAGGGCACCAAGAGCUAGGUCAACACCACCUGUUGAGCCACCACCUAGAAUAUUAUCCCCAGGAGACGCAGGCGGAGGGAGUGAACGUCUUAGGUGGUCGGCGGCGUGCGUCCAGAGACUUAGGCCUUAACCCUUAUUCUCGACCAGACUCGGUGCCUCAGCUGCGGUACACGCCCAUUGAGCAGACGGUGUCCCCGGGGUCACCUGUAUCCCUCAAGUGCUCGGCCGUGGGCACCCCUGCACCUGUUAUCACCUGGACCCGCGAUCACCAGCCUCUCCUGCCCUCCCUCAGGACGAAUGUGGGGAGCUUCAGGGCGGCGCUGGGGGAGGUGGUGAGCCAAGUGAACCUGAGCUCGGUGACGGGGCGGGAGGGCGGCCUCUACACCUGCACCGCCUCCAACACCCACGGCUCCGUCUCCCACUCCGCCAGGCUCAACGUCUACGGUCCGCCCUUCAUACGAGCGAUGGCCAACGUGACGGGGGUGUCUGGGGAGGACAUAAACCUCUGGUGUCCUGCAGGAGGCUAUCCGACGCCCACCGUCACCUGGAGGAGAGACGGCCACACCCUCCCCACCUCCCACAGGCAGGAGGUGUUGAGGAACGGGACGCUGUUAGUGAGGAUGGCGACCAAUGAGGAUGUGGGCAGCUACACCUGUGUUGUCUCCGGCAGACAGGGCCAGACUGCCGCCUCCCACACCUUCCUCCACGUCCUCAAGCCGCCAGCCAUCGAGCCAUUCUCAUUUCGGCUUAACCUUCAUGAGGGCGAGCGGACUCAACUGACAUGUAUGGUCAACAGUGGCGACCUACCCAUCACCAUCAACUGGCUCAAGGACGGCAGACACCUCCAGCACGACCCUGACAUUGAUAGCAAGCAGAUCCACGUGUACUCUACGGUGCUGUUGUUCAAGAAGCUGAGGGAGCACCACUCUGGAUCCUACACCUGUGAGGCCGCCAACGCCGCCGCCACCGCCAACCACACCGCCACUGUCAGAGUCAAGGUGUCGCCGCGGUGGGUAGUGGAGCCAGGGAGUGCGACAGCUCUGGUGGGGUCGACGGUGGUGCUGGACUGUAGUGCCCGUGGCUACCCUCAGCCCGCCAUCACCUGGCUGAAGGCUCCAGGGAAGUCAGCAGACGACUUCCAAGCGGUGGUGCUGGAUGGUGUACGGGCCUCCCAGGCCACCAAUGGCUCACUUGUGCUGCCCGAUGUCUCCACCACAAGCGCCGGGUGGUUCAUGUGUCGAGCUGGGAACUCUGUUGGGAAACCCAUCUCCAAGGUCAUCCAGCUGACUGUUCAUGCUCCGGCACGUGUGGUGACAGAGGGCAGACGGGUGACGGGGCAUUCAGGGCAAACCAUGACAGUGGAGUGUGAGGCGACAGGUGACGACCCUCUCUCCCUAAUCUGGCAGCGGCACCACGCCCCUAUCUCCCCAGGUCACAGGACAUCUGUGCGAGAGAGUGGAGGCAGCGGGUCAGCACGAGCUGUGUUGGAGAUCCGGGCGGUGACUGCUGGGGAUGCAGGCUCCUACACCUGCCGGGCCACCAACCCCCACGGUGACCACUCCCAGGUGUUUGACAUCGCUGUUAUAGAGCCGCCGACAGCGCCAUCAGGAGUGGUGGUGUCAGAGGUGGGGAGCCGCUCAGCCCGUCUCUCCUGGUCACUACCACAGCCAGCAGCCAUCACCAUACAAUACCGAGCAGCUGAGAAAGAGUCAUGGGCGUCCCAUGGGCGUAAUGUGAGUGUGGGUCAGUGGGCAUCAUGGCACGUACUAACAGGCCUCACGCCCUACCACGCCUACGCCGUCAGGCUCAUGGCUCACAACGACCUGGGGGUGUCCCAGCCCUCCAGCGUCCACUUCUUCACCACCCUUGAGGAAGCACCGUCAGGAGCACCUCAGGACGUACGUGUUGCUACAGGAGGUCCUCGCUCCCUGCUGGUGACCUGGCACGCCCCUGUCCCCCGCCUCACUCACGGUCCUCUCAGAGGCUACACCAUCGCCCUCCGUCGCCAGAACCUCCAGGGCCACCUCACCUACAUCACCAGACCCAUCACAGCUCUACCAGGUGACACAGAAGGAGUAGAACAGUAUGAAGUACGUGGUCUGACACCAGCAGCCCUCUAUGAGGUAGCUGUGAGGGCCUUCAAUAAGGCAGGGCCAGGACCCCUCUCUUCCCCUAGGAUAGUCGACUCAACUAGUCAUGAUGCACCCUCGUGUCCACCUGCGGGAGUAUCUUGUCGUGGGUCAGGACGUGGUGGGGUGCGGGUAUGGUGGUCUCCCCCACCUACACACUGUGCCCACGCUCCUGUUAGUGGAUACACCAUUGUGGCCACCCCCACCAGGCGGGACGAACACACUAGGGGCAGUACCACAUGGGAGGUGAACACAACCAACUUGGAGAAGAACCUGGAUGGCCUACCACCAGCCACCAACAUGAGUGUGAGGGUCAAGGCCUACAAUGAGGUUGGCCACAGUCCUUCCAAUGAUCCUGUUUUCUGUGUCACAGAAGAUGAUGUGCCAGGACCUCCUAGGCGAGUGCGGGUGGUAGUGUCGGGAGCCACCAGCCUCCUGGUGACAUGGUCGCCACCACACCCACACACAGGAACCAUCCUCCACUACACCCUCUACUCUGCCAGAGACGACCAGGUGGCAGUGCGGGAUGUGGUGGGAGCAGGCGGGUCAGAGGCCACCUGGAGGGAGCUGAGUAACCUCACACCAGCUUCUCGAGUCCAGGUGUGGGUGACAGCUACCACAGUGGCAGGUGAGGGCAGCCAGUCCCCAAGACUCACUGCUCUGCCCACCCCCACACCUACGCACACCCCAAUUGCUGUGGGUGGUGGACGGUCGUGGCGAGUGGGUGCAGGCUCAGGUGUGACACUGGGAUGCAGGGGCCUGGGGUCACCACCACCCACUAUUUCCUGGACAAAAGGAAGCUCCACCAUCACCAGUAGUCAGUUCACUCAGCUACUUCCUGGGGGAGACCUACACUUGACAGCUGUGCGGGAAACCACCAACUACACCUGUUGGGUCCGCAACAGUGUAGGGGGGGACAGUCUCACGCACCAGGUGGUGGCAGUCACCACACCUCCGCCGCCCACCCUCAACCUCGCCCAUCCCACCCACUAUGCCCUUAACCUCACCAUUACCUCAGCUGGUGAUGGAGGGGCUCCCAUCCUUGGAUAUACGGUGCACCAUCGCCAACGGGCUGGUGAGUGGGUAGAGACGGGAGCAGACCCUGGCGUGAAAAGUGUGAUGGUACGAUGGUUGCCUUGUGGCGCCCCUCACCACCUCUACCUCACAGCCUGGAACACCCAUGGCACCAGCACCCCAAGCCCCGUCCUUGUCACCAACACCCUCGGCAGCCCUCCAGGUCGGCCUGAUCCAGCAAGAUUAGUUGAGGUAAACUCAACGUGUGUUACUCUUCGUCUCUAUGUCUGGCCUGAGUUAGGCUGCCCUGUCACACACUGGAAGGUGGAACUUGGCAGUGAGGAAGCUGAGGUGUCCUGGGCACCAUUGUAUGCACAUGUGACUCGGGACACCACAGAUCUAGGAUUAUGUGACCUCACGUCAGCCUCCUGGCACCUCCUCCGAAUCACUGCUGCCUCUACUGCAGGGGACACAUCUAUUGUGUACCGUGUGGCUACCAAGGACCAUAGUGGAGGAUCCAUUACAGCUGAGCCAGUACAGGAGGUGCUGGUGGGCAGCCCAGAAGUAGCAACUGGCUGGUUAGAUGCUCAUGUGGUGGCAGGGGUGGUGAGUGCUCUGCUACUGGCUGCAGCUCUCAUCAUUUGUGUCUGCGUAGCUGUCAGGAGACGAAGGUAUGGUGGCUACAGCAGAAAGGGUGAGAGCCUGGACAAUAAGGGCGGUGGAGAAGAAGACAAUGCUCGCAACUCUGAGAUCACCCGCACUCACCUGUACUCUCCUACGCCCACCAAAAAGCCCCGAGGCUCAUUAGCUUCUCUGAAAACUCAGGAUGACACGUCAGACCCUUAUGAGAUUUGCCCUUAUGCCACUUUCAGCGUGGGAAGUUCGGAGGGUACUUUAGAGUAUGGUCUGUCCCUGCACACUAUGAACCCUCGCGACUGUCUCGACCACCCUGUCCACAGUGAUCGACACACUCAGCAGUCACCUGCAUAUGGCCAGAUUGGAAGGCAGCGAUCUCAGUCACAUUAUAAAGAAACAGAGAUUGCCUACAUCACGAACCGAAACCGUGGAGAGUAUGGCAGCCGCCCAAAGUCCAUUCCUGGAGCACAGCCUCCUUCAGCAACACCAAUACCUGCUGUAGGGACUACAGAACAGAGGAUGUGGUCUGAAGAAUCUGUGAAGGAUACACGCACUCGCCCACAUCGCUCCAGAAGUCGCUCAAGAGCAGAAGCUACAAGACGUGACUCCAGUACUGAAAGUAACGAUGCCUCAUCACCUGUGCAACAGCGGCAGCAUUACCAACAGCCACAAAUGCCACCACAGCAACAUCACCAGCUUCAUACACAACAGCUGGCCUCACAACAGCAAGCAACAGUGCGUGUAGGGCCCCAUCCGCUGCCGCCUGUCCGCCAUGCCAGAGUGCGGAGUGACUCUUCCUCGAGUGAGACUUCUCCCCUGACCCCUCCCAGGCCCCUUCAUCCACCUUCGGCUUUCUCCGACUCAAGGGAACUCUCUGAGGCAGAGUGUGACAGAGAAAUGUCACAGGCACAAGGCAGUAAUGUGAGUAAUGCUUCAGCUUCAAGAAGAAGUACUGGUAAGUGUGGAAAUGAUAACAUGCCCGCUGAGCUGACUGUAUUGUUGCAGCGGUAUGAGCAGCAGCAGCAGAAUACUCAACUGAAGCAUCAACAAAAACUGAACCAAGGGUCCCAAAAAAACCCUUAUAGUAUUAAUGUGUAACACUAGAUGUAGGGUAUUACAUGUUUCUAUCUCGAAUUCAGAAGAAAAUGUAUAUAUUUUUUACAAUAUAUUAAGAGGAGCUCAAUCCCCUGGUACUGAUAAAUGUUUUAUCUACUACAAGUAUGUAAAUAUUAUUCUAUAUGGUUUUAGUAGAUCAUUAUGUAUUGUCAAACUGUUCAUCAAUAAAAAAUUAAAUAUA